CGUAGUUGUAUCUUUGUGCUGUUGUUGUGAACAUUAAAAUAGCAUGGAUAUGAUGCUGAACGCCGAAUUGUUCGGUGACAUCAACACCGGAUCGUGCCAGAAUAUGGAAGAUUGCCAGACACUUUUCCGUAUGAAUACUAAUGAACUAUUGCCACCACCGCAAGGAGGUAACAUAGAUGAAACGUAUCUGAAUGAAUUCUUUCGAAACAAUGGAAUCGUCGAUAUGCAGUGUGUCAAGUAUGAAAAUGAGCCCAAACUAUUGGACCUGAUGUAUGGUGAUGAGCCACCGAAUCAUCACAAGAAAAUACCGACACUCGAAGACUAUACACACCCGUUGCAACAAUUUACGGUCGGUAUAAGCGGCGUACCUUGCAGUGCUUCAUCUUGGUGCUACUCGAAGGUGCAGGAGAAGCUGUUUGUGAAGAAGAAAACUCCGGUUACGUUCGACGUGUCGUUUUCGGAGCCUUCGAACGGCACAUUAAAACUGCGCGUCAUGUUGGUGUACUCGAAUACGCAGUACGCUUACAACACCAUCACCCGUUGCCACGACGACAUAUCGAAGGACAACGCUAAAGAGUAUAAGUUUAAAGAACACGUGGUGCGGUGCUUGAACCCCGAGGCUGUCUAUACUGGUCGGGAGAAUGGAGUAAAUUUCGAGGAUCGGCUUGCCAUAUUAGUCGAUCUGAACGGUGGCGGAUCAAAGAAUCACCAUCAGAUGCAACAGACGGUGCCAGUUUCGCUGGAGUUUUUGUGCCAAAACUCUUGUCCAACAAUGGAGAGGCGAGGAACGACGCUUCUUUUCACGCUGGAAAAUGAACACGGCACUCUGCUGGGCAGAAAGUCGAUCAGUGUCAAGAUCUGCAGCUGUCCCAAGCGUGACAUGGAAAAGGAAGACAAGAAAGCAUCGGGGCGGGAGAGCAAUAAAAACAAACGGAAGCGAGCAAAUGAAACGGUUUCAAGCACCGAUCAACCUUCCAAGAAGUUAAGCCGCCAAUCGGUUGUAGAUGUCAAACCUACACUGAGCAGCAGCACCACUUCCGUCCGUGCAUCGUCUGCUGGCGCAUUGACGAUGCCGGCAUCAUCUUCUACGUUGAGUCAGGUUAAGCGAGAACCAUCGUUCACUACGCUUGGGCGUUCGUUGAGCACCCUUUCCAACAGUAGCACGGUCGAUAAUGAUAGUUCGGCCGUCGUGCUGACCCUCCGACUGCCAGACAUUGCGUGUGCCGCAGACGUGGCAAUGUACGCCUUCAAACACUUGAGCUCCAUCCUUAUCAGCUGCAAGGACGAGCAGGACAAAACUCGAUACGCCCAAUAUCUCUCCCACUGUCGACGCGUAAGGAGUAAGUAUUCUUCGAGCCAUCACUAGAUAAUAUUUUUCUUUAUCGCCAAUUCCAUCG